AUGAAUCUCUCUACGACACCAGGAAUGGAGCCGCCGGCCGGCCAGACGUCAAAUUUAAAUGCGCCCUGGAACUCGCUGCAAAUAGGGACGGUCAUCGCCUUUGGUGUUACCUAUUUCCUCGCGACAGCUUUUCUUGCGCUUCGCUACUUCCAGGCCGUAAAGCUAACCAAAAAGAUUGAGGUGGAUUUAGUCGUCGUCACGAUCUCCUACGGUGUUGCCGCCUUCUAUUUCGCGUCCAUCGUCAAGUUAAUGAACUAUGGCUGGGGGAAGCACAUGUGGGAUGUGUCCUUGGCUGACCUGGUGGAGUUUAAUAAAACCUUGCUCCCUAACACCUUGAGCUAUUUGGUAACUCCAGCCAUCACCAAGAUGGCCAUUUUGUCCGUCCUGUACCGCAUCAACCCAUCGACCACGUACCGCUAUCUUGUCAUCGCCGUCACCGUUGCCAUCUUCGCCUAUACCUUGACAUUAUGCACCAUUACUGGGGGCCCAUGUAAUCCUCUCAAAUCGGGGACCACCAAGUGUUUGAUGAACGUCGCCCUAGCCCAGGCAGUCCUGAAUAUUGCAUCCGAUUUGGCCGUCAUCGCCCUGCCCAUCCCCACGAUCCAUAAUCUACAGUUUUCGAUGAAGCAAAAACUCACCGUUGGAUCCCUCCUAGCUCUAGGAUCAGGUGUCGUCAUCUGCUCAAUAGCCCGUUUACCAUACGUCCUCCUCCUCGACAAGACCUCCGACACGACCUAUACGGAAGCCAUCCUCGGGGUGUGGUCCCUCGUCGAGGUCAACCUCGGUAUUAUCUGCGCCUGCGCAAUGCGAUUCAAGCGGCUCAUCGCCACGUAUCUACCUCGACUGUCCUUAUUCUCAUCGCAGUCGCGUAGUGCUGCUAAAGUGGGUUACGACUCGCGAGGGAACAAUUACCAGUCAGGCGAUACCAAUGGGCGGCGCUCGUACCAGCUCCACAGCAUCCAGAAUGGCAGCGCCGAUCCGUUUUCCGUUGGCAAAGGCAUCUCCAUCCACCAAACAUUUAAGGUGGAUGUUAAAGGCGACAAGGACAUUGGGGAUGGUGGGAGCACGGAUAGGAUUUUGACUUGA